CGCAGCAAGCCGGAAAGGAAAGGCGCCGGACCUGGCCAAAGUCCGCGGUGGCCUUUUCUUCGGUAGUGCCAGUCACGGUCUGACCUGUAAUUCAGAUGUUUCUCAAUUUUAUCGAGGCAUUUAGCAACCAUGCGCUAUUUAACCAUUUAAUCCUGCUUCGUUUUCUGGAUUUGCACAACAUCCUGCGCCGUAAAUAGCGGCAUAAUCCGAGCUUUUUAAUGCAAGCUAGGUUAAAAUAGGGUUUGGCUACUUAGUUCCUGGUAUGUCGUGAGAACGUAAACCUGCCCCCAACAUGCCAAGAUUGCAGAAAGAAGAAGUCUCGCCUCACAAUUAAAUUGGAUUGUGCCCAUGAGGAUAUCUUUACAGCCAAGAGUGCACCUUUAUGUGGGCGUCGUCCCUGAAAAUGCCCUGGGUCGAUCCAAAUGAAGACGGUUUUGCUGACAAGUGGAUCCUGCCAUAGUGUGGAUAUAAUGCUAGGAAGAAGAAGAGAAUAACAUUCCAGUUACUGUAAAUAAGCCUUCAGGCAGGCGUGCAGGACUACAAUGACAGCUACAACCCUAGCCAGCAGCGGACAGAAACUUUCUAAUACCAAAGAGGAAAGGAAGUUAAGAAAACCUUUGAUUGAAAGGAAGCGAAGAGAGCGGAUUAACAAUUGUUUGGACCAGCUCAAGGAAACAGUUGUUGGAGCCUUUCGGCUUGAUCAGUCAAAACUUGAAAAAGCAGAUAUCUUGGAAAUGACAGUAAAACAUCUCCAGAAUAUCCAACACAACAGAAAUAUAGAUUCUAAAAUGGGUCUUGAAGCUCAGCAGAGGUACAGCAGUGGAUAUAUUCAGUGCAUGCAUGAAGUCCACAACCUCCUCCUGACUUGUGACUGGAUGGACAAGACACUUGGAGCACGAUUAUUGAACCAUCUAUUGAAAUCCUUGCCCAAAUCCAAUGAGGAGGCUUGCAAGGAGAACCCGAACACUUCCACUCCAGUGAAUGGCAAGGGAAAUACAACAGAGUCUAGCCAAUCUCAGGAGCAGAUGUAUCCAACUGAAGUCAAACUGGGAUUGAAAAAGUCAUUUCAGCCACAGCCAUCAUCACGAUGUAAUCAGCAUGAGUUGCCACAUCCCAGGGAGAUUUUGCAACCUCAUUUUGCACAUAAUGGUGUUAACAUGGGGUCAUUGGAUAUGUGGAGACCAUGGUAAAAAUAUCUUGGGGGGAAUUUCUUUCUAAUUUUAGACCCUCUUUUAUAUGUAUCUUAUAGAUAUGUCUCUUUAAAACACUUUUUGGAGCACAUCUGCUCUGGUAGGUGUGCUAAACACCAGGGUACUUCAAGCCGGAAGAAAUCUCUAUGUAGCCUGCAUUGUAGAAGGCUGCUAUUAUAUUGUAUUUAUUGAAUACAUCUAAAUUAUUUUACAGAAUCUUCUCUGUGGCUGCUUAGUAUACAGUAAAUGACAGUGAUGACUCGUCAGGAUUACGCUCCGGAAAAGCCAAACUUCCAGGUUCUAGCACGCAUGCACGCCCGAUGAUCAGCUGGUUGGUGCACAUGCGCAGGCUGGUUUUCAGCACUGCCAUGCACGCAAAGGGUUCACGCUCUGGAAAAGCCGUACUUUGGGUUCUGGUGCAUCCAACAAUCAGUUGACCAGCACGCAUGUGCACACCGGUUUUCGGCACUGCCACAUGCGAAGGACAGCUGAUCAUUGUGCAUGCAUGUGCAGCAGAAACCCAGAAGACAAACAGGCAAGGCCGGAUAUGCCAGGCAACAUGGCUUCAUGUGCCACUCUGGGCAUGCGUGCCAUAGGUUCACCAUCAUGGGUAUAUAACAUCUAAAAUUCCUUUUCAUAUGUUAUUAAAAUUAACAAAGGAUUAAUAAAAAUAGAAGCAAAUACAAGCCACUCUCAUUUGUCUCUGGUUUAUAUGAUAAUUUUUGAAACUCUCCUUAAUACUCCCCAUCCAACCUCUUAA